AUGAAAUAAUAAAAGCCUUUUGAUGCCAAAUGUAUAGGAAAAUUAAAAUUAAGCACAUAAUUGAUUGUUAUUGUUUCAAUAUAGGUCCUAAUUAUUGUGUCUUAUGUAUUGGCUUUAAAUUUAAUUCAUCAUUCUUUACUCACAAAUAUAUUAUCAGAAGUGUCAGAUCAUAUAUUUGAAAAAGGUUCAGAUCAUAUUUUAUCAAAUAUGAUGGAAGAAUAUCUACAGCAUUUUAACCAAAUAUUUAAUUUAAGUAAUUAUAUUUUUAUUACAUUAUCAGAUGGCAAUGCUUUGGUUUCAUUCCAUCGAUUGUAUCAUACUUCUAAAAAUUAAGUGCUUCUACAUUCUCUCGAAAUUGAUCCACUCUAUCAAAUGCAAUAUGGAGGAACAACUAAAAUUCCAGACCCUUUAAGAAUUAUAAAAGGAUAUGGCAAUUAUGAUAUUUCUUAUUCGUUCAUGUGUUAUUCUAAUCUAUCAUCAUUUAAUCAACCUAAAACUAUUGAAGAAAAAGUAGGAAUCAAAUUAUAAGAAUAAAUCUAAGCAUUUGCAUAAAUUUUUUAUUAGGGAAAUUUAAUAAAUCAAUCAUUUUUGUACUCCUACAUUAUGAAAGAAAAAAUUAAUUCCAUUUAUCCUUGUCUUAAUAGAGAUAAAGCAAUUUAUUAAUAUGUAGCUGAAAAAAGAGACUGGUAUAUUGAAUUGAAGCGUAAUUAUUAAAGUAAAACACCCUUUGAUAAAUAUAAUUAUACAUUUACUCAGCCAUAUUUAUGUAACAAUUUUAAAUAUUAUUUUUAAUAGUGUACACUGAUAAAAAAAUUGGACUUUCAAUGACACUUCCUAUAGUAGAUAAAGAUUUCAAUUUAAUAGGAGGAGUUGUUUCCAAUUUCUUGGGUUCAUAAAUAAUUGAAAUGUUAAAAUUUAACUCUUUUGGAUUUCAAAUAAUUUAUCUUGUAUCAGAAAAAGGUGUAAUGAUUAUGCAUCCUUAUAUAGUAACAGUAGAAUAAUUACCUCUUUAUAUUUAUAAUGAAAGUAUAACUGGAUUUAAUUUCACUGAUUGGGAAUAUAUAUUAAAUUUAAAUUAAGAUUCCUCUUGUCCUAAAUUUGAUUAAUUAUCAUCAAUUCGUAAAUGUAGAUAUAAUUCUUAUUAUAAUUAAGAGAUGAUUAUUGGCAUACGUGAAAUUCCAGAAUUUAAGAUGAAACUAAUAAUGUAAUAUAUUUUAUUUGAUUAAUUUUAGGUUGCUUAGUAGUUCAGAAUAUUUAAAAUUUCAUGAUGAUUUCUAAGAAACUUUAGAGAAAAGUUUAUCUUAAACAACCAGUAACUAUAUAAUUUGGUUAUUUUCCUUAUUUGUUGCUCUUUGCUUUAUAAUUGUUUUAGUUACAUAAAUAUUAUUUUAUCCAAUUGAAAUGAUAAAAUAAUAAGCUAUCAAUUUAAUUAUUGAAUAAAGAAAAAACAAAUAAUAAGUAUCUCAAUUUACAGAAGUCUUGAUGAGUGAUUAGAUAUUGUCAUUAGUUUAAGCUUAUAAGAUUGUAAUAAAUAAGUUAGAAUCAUUAUCAUUAACAAAAACUAGUGAGUGUAAAUAGUUUGAGGAUAUUUAAUAUCCUACUAAAUAACUAUCUAUAAGGCUGUCUGCUUUUAAACAAAAUAUUUAAGAAACUAAAAAAUUUCAAGCUUUGAGAUUUGAAUAAUUAAAAGAUUUUAGUAGAAAUUAACAAUUUCAAAAUGAUGCAAUUUCCAUAAUUAGAAGUGUUGUCAAAUAACAAAAUACUUAAUUUCUUUUAUAUUGA